UUGAGAUUCUUGACAAAAUAAUUUUAGAACAGCAAUAGUGUCGAGGAGAAGAUUACUUCUAGUCUUGUCAAGAUGGCCACAAGCGCAGACAGAAGCCGUCCCAACAUCCUGAUCACGGGAACUCCUGGUACAGGUAAAUCAGUGACCAGCAGCGAGGUAGCGUCGGCAUGCGGCUUGAAGCACAUCGAUAUUGGUGUGGUGGCUAAAGAACAGAAUCUCUACGAGGAGUUCGACGAAGAGUAUUCAUGUCCCAUAUUGGACGAGGACCGGGUUAUAGAUGAAUUGGAGGAAGAAGUCGGUCAAGGUGGGGUCAUUGUGGAGUACCAUGGCUGUAGCUUCUUCCCAGAGCGCUGGUUUGACAUUGUGUUUGUCACUCGCGCCGACAAUACCAUCCUCUACAAUCGCCUCGAGGAAAGAGGGUACGCUGGCAAGAAGUUAUCCGACAACGUCCAAUGUGAGAUAUUCCAGACGGUGCUGGAAGAGGCUCGUGAGUCGUACGACGAGCACAUUGUUCACGAGCUGCAGAGCGACACACCGGAGCAGCUGGUCAGCAACGUGGAGCGCAUCUCACAGUGGGUGCAGGCAUGGAUCAGCAAUCGCUAGAGCUGUGCACUGUUUGCCGUCUGCUGUGCAUUGUGCUGUCGCGCUGUGCUGUGAUGGGCUGGUCUUGGCGACGUACCGCAACUGCUGUCGUGACGUUGGGAGGCGGUGGUGGCAUCGUCGUCCCUGCCGACUGCUGUAGUGGCAUUCAUAACAGGUGAGCUCUGUUCUCGGUUGGGUUCAGGAUGUGACCGAUACACACCGAGUCAGGUCCAUCUUGUCGCCGUCUUCUUCCGGUGAGCUCAUGUGACCUCUCCUGGUUCAGUCACUCGUGUGAUGGUGGUGGCGACACGCCAUGUCACAUGAUGCCCUUGUUUGGGUCAUGUGAUUUGUCAUAGUCGGUCAUGUGAUCGGUCAUGUGAUUGGUUAUAGCUGGUCAUGUGAUUGGCCAUAGCUGGUCAUGUGAUUGCUGAUCACGAUGCUGGUGAGAAACUGUGGACCCAUUCAGUUUCCGGAGCGUUUCAUCCAUUUUGACUGCAAUGUGGCAAUCCAAGCUAUACUCUGUAGCUUUAUGCUAUCAUUGCAUCAUUGCAGCUGUCUGCUUUCUUUAGCGUUAGCUGAGUUUUGUUGGUUGUGUGAUGCAUAGUAUUGCCGGGCUAGUGGUGAAUGCUGCUGCUGUGCUGCACAGCGUCGGUGCUCAGACAUCAGCUUCGCAGCUGCAUUGCAAAAAGCCCUGGUUCUCGGUACCUAGCACAUGAUUUGUGAAAGACUUACCAGGGUGGAAAGCAGCACUCAAUGCCGACUACACUGUGUGCACUGACCUGGGAGUCUUCAGUGUGCUGUGCUGGGUGUCUUUCGUCGUCCUAUUCCUUUAGUAGUAUCUACCAGCCUUUCUUUGUGCACCCCUGCUCGUGCUGGGCAGAAGGACGUGGUUUCAUGUUUUUGCUUGACACCUGAAUCAUUAUGCUUUGUGUAUAAUGUGAAAGCCGAGCCAUUCUUGAAUGGAAACGAAUUUCUGAGUAA